GUCGCCGCCAUUAGAAGCUACUCAGCCGAGACUGGAGCCAAGGAGAACGACGUUGCUGCUGAGAACGCAGAGAAGGUCGCCGAAGCCACCAAGGAGGACCCCACCCUGAAGGAGCUCGAGGCCAAGAAGAAGGAGGUCGCAGAUGUCACGGACAAGUGGAAGCGCCAGAUCGCCGAGUACCGCAACUUGCAAGAGCAGACCAAGCGCGAAGUCCGCGCAGCCAAGGACUUUGCCCUCCAGAGCUUCUCGAGAGACUUGCUUGACAGCAUUGACAACCUCGACCGUGCUCUUUCAGUCGUUCCCAAGGAGAAGCUUGACGGCAGCAACAAGGACCUCUUGGACCUCCACUCCGGCCUCAAGAUGACUGAGACCAUCCUCAUGAACACACUCAAGAAGCACGGUCUCGAGAGAUUCGACCCCAGCGCCGAGGGCGAUAAGUUCGACCCCAACAUGCACGAUGCAACUUUCCAAACUCCUCAGCCCGACAAGACCGACGGCACCGUCUUCUUCUGCCAGUCCAAGGGCUUCACCCUGAACGGCAGAGUCAUCAGACCCGCCAAGGUCGGAGUCGUUAGAAACUCGUAA